CCUGCUCCCAGUCGGGAGCGCGGCCUGCGGGGAGGUGGCAGCGGGGCUCCCCGCACAGUCUCACUCCGCGCACUCACACACUUGGAAGCGCCUCCCCGCGUCCCUCCCCUGCCCUCCUCUUGCUCUGCUCUUCUCUCUCUCACCACAAAUAGUCGGCGACCGACUGCCAAUCCGCCUCCCUCCCUCUCUCUCUCCACAACAUGACUGACUGGGAAGCGGUGGCUCCGGCAGAGCAGCUCUGCUGGCGCAGGCAGGAGGAGCAGGAGGAUUAUUAAAUAACGCAGCUCGACUCUGCAACUGGGAGUGGAGAGAAGGAGCCCAACAGCGAGAAGGGGAGGGAGGGCAGAGGAGGGGGACCCGGAGAGACACCCUCGUGCCCCGAAGACAUAAAUCCCCGAGUGCCCGGGAGGAGCCUUAACAAGCGGCGCGGAGCCCUCCAGGAUGUAAUUAGUCUCCUCAUCUGAAGGAGUUGAGCUACUGGUGGCUGGCUCUUUCUCUAAGCUAAUGGGUUGCUAAGUUGGCUAUCACAGUGCAAGCCUUGGAGUCCCAAUGGGGGACUCUGGAUCAAGACGAUCUACCCUGGUCUCCCGGUUGCCAAUAUUCAGAAGAAGUAUCAGCAGAAGACAUGAUUCUCUUCCUUCUUCACCCUCCUCCAGUAAUACAGUUGGUGUCCACAGUUCCUCUCCUUCCAGCACUAACUCAAGCUCAGGUAGUACAGGUAAACGCAGGAGCAUCUUCCGUACUCCUUCCAUUAGCUUCCAUCAUAAGAAGGGAAGUGAACCUAAGCAAGAACCUACAAACCAGAAUGUUAGUAUUUCAAAUGGUGCUCAGUCUGGUCAUAGCAGUAUGCAAAAACUGAGUUUGGAAGAACAUAUUAAAACCAGGGGAAGACAUUCUGUUGGUUUUAGUAGUUCACGAAAUAAGAAGAUAACAAGAUCUUUGACAGAGGAUUUUGAAAGGGAAAAAGAGCACUCAACUAAUAAGAAUGUCUUUAUAAAUUGCCUAAGUUCUGGCAAAAGUGAGGGGGAUGAUUCUGGAUUCACAGAAGAACAAACUCGCCGUUCCGUUAAGCAGUCAACAAAGAAGCUGCUUACUAAAUCUUUUUCAUCUCACUAUAAAUUUUCUAAGCCCGUUCCACAGAGCCAAUCCAUUUCAUUGGUACAGCAAUCUGGAUUCUCAUUGGAAAUUACACAGUACCAAGAGAGGGAACCAGUGUUAGUAAGAGCUUCUCCAUCUUGUUCUGUGGAUGUAACAGAACGGGCCGGAAGCUCUUUACAAUCUCCAUUGCUUUCUACUGAUCUUACCACAGCUCAGACACCUUCAGAGUUCUUAGCCUUGACUGAAGAUUCUGUGUCUGAAGUAGAUGCAUUUCCUAAAAGUGGAAGCAUGGCAUCCCACUGUGACAACUUUGGCCACAAUGAUUCUACCUCUCAGAUUUCUCCCAAUCCUGCUGCUGUUACAAAAACAACAAUAGAUUUUAUGGGAACUCUUCCCUGUGCAAUUUUGUCUCCUGGGAAAUACAGGUUAGAAGGUCGAUGUAGCACUGAAUCUAAUUCCUUACCAGAAACCUCUGCUGCUAAUCAGAAGGAAGUGUUAUUGCAAAUCACUGAACUACCUGUUAUGAAUGGGAGUGAAUCCGAGACUCAUCUGUCAGCAAAUAUGCAAAGAGAACAUAUGGUGUUACAAAAUGGUGAAACAAUGCUGGCGACAAGCUCCCCAAAGAAACUUGGAUUUUAUGAGCAACACAAAGCAUUAGCUGAACGUGUUAAAGCGAUCCAUCCUAUUUCAGAUUCAAGGAUAAUACCCUCUUCUGGUGAUCAUCAUAUUUUUAGCAAAACAUCAUAUGGCUAUGAUGCAAAUCCUGCUAAAGUUCUCGCCAGUAGCCUGAGUCCGUAUCGUGAAGGAAGAUUUGUAGAGAGGCGACUGCGAUCCUCGUCAGAAGGGACUGCAGGGAGUAGCAGAAUGGCUUUGAAACCAAAAGAUGGAAAUGGUGAAGAAGGUAGUAGUCUAAGAAAGCAAAGGGCAAGUUCGUCAUCUUCAAAAAUGAACAGCAUGGAUGUUUUGAAUAAUUUGGGAUCUUGUGAACUGGAUGAAGAUGACCUAAUGCUUGAUCUAGAAUUUUUAGAGGAACAGAAUCUUCAUCCUUCAGUUUGCCGGGAGGACUCCUACCAUUCUGUAGUGUCAUGUGCUGCUGUCGUUCUCACUCCCAUGGAACCAACAAUAGACAUGAAGAAAAGAGAAGAACUGAAAUUUCCUGAGCCUUCCAAACAGAACCUUUCCCUGAAGUUAACAAAAGACCUUGAUCAGGAAGCCAGGUGUGCCCACAUCAGCCGAAUGCCCAGCAGUCCAUCUGCAGAUUGGCCCUUGCAAGGUGUGGAAGAGAAUGGAGGCAUAGAUUCUCUGCCAUUCAGACUGAUGUUACAGGACUGCACAGCUGUCAAGACGUUAUUAUUAAAGAUGAAGAGGGUUCUUCAAGAGAGUGCAGAUAUGAGUCCAGCAAGUAGCACCACCUCGCUUCCUCUUAGUCCUCUUACUGAAGAGCCAUUGCCUUUCAAGGAUAUAAUGAAAGAUGAAUGCUCAAUGCUGAAGCUGCAGCUGAAAGAGAGGGAUGAACUCAUUUCACAACUUCAGGAAGAGUUGGAAAAAGUCAAGCAUUUACAGAAGGCCUUUGCUUCAAGAGUAGAUAAAUCCACACAGACUGAACUUCUAGGCUACGAUAGUUUGAACUUGAAAAGACUGGAGGCAGUACAAGGAGGGAGAGAGGCUACAUAUCGAAAUCGAAUUGUGACCCAAAGUCUCAGCACAAGGGACAGAAAAGCAAUGCAUACUCCCACCGAGGACCGUUUUAGAUACUCAGCAGCUGACCAGACAAGCCCUUACAAAAGCAAGGCCUGCCAACUAUCAAGUCUAUGUUUAAGUAAUUUCUUGAAGGACAAGGAACUAGCAGAAGUUAUCAAACACUCAAGAGGAACUUACGAAACCCUCACAUCUGAGGUCACCCAGAACUUCCGGCCCACUGUAGGGCAGAACUCUCUGAAGCCAACAGCUAAGACCGAAGGGCUCGCCACAUUCUCAGAGAAACCAAAGGACCAAGCUGCUGUGGCCCGACAGCAUUCAACCUUUACAGGCAGGUUCGGACAGCCACCUAGAGGGCCAAUCUCUUUACACAUGUACAGCAGGAAGAACGUUUUUCUCCAUCACAAUUUACACACCACUGAGCUGCAGACUCUAGGCCAGCAGGAUGGGUAAUUAAAUCACCUAUUCCUGUCUCUAGGUAGGAUAAAGAUGGUUAGUGUUUCUCGUGCAUAGCUCAUAUUCAAAUUGUCAUGUACUUAUAUUACUUUCAUUUUUAGUUAUAAACAAAGAAUUGUGCACUUUUUGUUAGAAUGAAGGUUCAAGCAUGUUAACUGAAUUAGGUUUAAUAGCCUUCAAGACUAUAUUAUAUAGAUGUAUAAUAAAUGGGACCAUCUUGCUGGUUUAUAUAGUCCAUACUUUAUCUUUUAUCUUGAUUGGUCACUGAUAUGCAUUGAAGUUUCAGAAGGUAAUAUCAGAUAGCACUCUGUUCACUUAAUGGUGUCACUGUGAAAAUAGAUGUGAGGAAUAAAUAGAUGAAGAAAUCGUAAAGAAUCUUAAAUUACGUAGUUAAUAGAAGGAGAAGAGAAGAGGGAUUUUAAAGUCUUAUAUUUGGUGGUGUGUUUAUUUGGAGAAUGAAGCUUGCUUGCAUGUAAGCUAGAGAUGCAUCUGUCUCUCUAUUACAUACAUUCAAGCUUAUCUUGCCAUACCAUGAAGGGGGAAAAGGCUAUUUCUUUUAUCCUCUAAAUGUUUAGUUCAUACUAGUUCACAAAGGAUUUCAGACUGAGUAAUUGCUAGCCAAAUAGAGAAUGACAGCUCUGAUCUUUGAAAAAUUUUGCUUUUAGUUAUUGCUAUUGGUGUUGAAGUACUAUGACAUAACACAGUGAGGUGGUAAAGUUGGCUGAAUUUUGUCAAAUGAUGCAUAAAACACGACAUGCUAUGCUCUUUGAGUCACUAUCAUGGCAACAUCGGCAUAUUUUUAAUAAUUUGAGGGAUGGAGCAUUCUAAGAAAAUUACUUUACUUCACUUUCCUUGUAUUGUUAAAUUUUUCACUUUUUUAUGUAUGUCCAAUUUUGCUCUAUAUACGUCAACCCAUGACCCAACUCUACAUGAUGAGUUGAGGAACAGAAAGUCAGUUUCCUGGUAGCCCAGUAUACACUAUUCUAACUAUUCCACCUUCUAGGGUUAGAAGAAAAGGUAAAACAUAUGUGAACUCUCAAUUUGCUCUUAGAAAUAAAUCUCUAACAGGAAUAUUUAAAGCUCAUUUGAUGCAAAUAUUUCUCUUUAAAAAACAAGGCUUAACAUGUUUCACACUUAAAUGCACAUGCGAUAGAUCAAUACACCUAAAUAAAAUAACUCCUUUAUGUUUAAUUAAUAACAGUUGUAUGUAGCUAUAGAAAUAAACAAAUAAACAAUAAAUAAAUAAAUAUAUUUUCAAAUGAUCAGGAGGGAUCAGGGCCCCAUUUUUCUUAUAUAAAGAAAAAAGCUAGUAACUGUAUCCACAUUAGGCAUAAUCCAUGCACACUGAAAUUGUCACACCUACUGCAUGAACUGCUGCCCUUGCAUUCUCUGACCGACUCUAUCAGCAUGCACAAAUGAAAAGAAUAAAGGGAAACUGAGAUAGCAGCUUUAGCAUGGCAUCUGACUAACCUGCUUAAAUUAAAGCUACGUGUGAAAUGCAUCUCCUAAUACAAAAAUGGAUUUGAGCUCUAUGCUUUGGCGAAAAGCCAUUAGAUCUGCCCACCUCCAGCUUUAACUAUUAAACUUUGACCAAUUUGCAAACUUUGGUUGGAACUGGUAAGAGUAAAGAGUCUAGUGAAUAUGUUGUACUUGUAAUUUUUGUUUUCCAAAGGAAGACACAUGUGCAUCAAGACAAAUGUUUGCCAAAUGUUUUCUUUCUUUGCCUGUUUGUAAUGCUGCCAAAAGAGAACAAUACACACUGCAAAUUGCUCGGCUUAAUGAGACUGCUGUCUACAAUUCCCACUAUACUUUAAAAGCUAUAAUAUUCAUGCAGCUACACACUUUGGGCUGGGCAAUAUUUACAAAAUGGUAGAAAAAAGAUGAUGAUUAAUUGUGGAAUUCAGCUUCAUUUGUCCUGAAAGUUGGUGUGUGUUGCUAGAGUAUUUGAAGUUUGUAAAUAAAUUAGCAUGAGAAAAUAAUCAAGGAUUUUUUCCCAGGAUAUGGAAGAGCUAUGUAUCACAAAUAAUGUUUUUGAUUUGGACUUUUGGAGUUUAUAGUUUUCUUUUCCUAGAAGAUAGACUUUUGAAUUAUACUUUGUAAAAAAAAAUCUAUUUAAGAAAAUCUGUCAUUUAAUAGACAUUUUAAGAGAUGUUUUAAACACUAGUAUUUUCUUGAAAAAUCUUUUUUAAAGCUGAAGCAUUCAAAAAGAAAACCUGGAUUAAACAGUUCAAUUUUAAAAGGAGGGGUAUUUUUUGGAAAUAUCAUCUUAAAGCUGUUUUGUAUCAGUAUUUUCAGCAUUGUUAUAAUAUUAUUUGUAAUACUAAGUGUAACUCAGGCCUGGAGAAGGUGUAAGCCCCAUGCUAAUGUACAUCAGUUACUGUAAACAGGGGUCCUCUGUAAGUUACUCUUGUGUAUAUGUAGUAACUCAUAACAACGGCAUGUGGGCAUUCUUUCAGCAAAUUGAUUUCUUUGUACUAAAAUCUCUAGUUUUCUAAGACAGUUCCAUGUAUAAAAGUGAUUUAUACAUUUCUCCAAGGCGGUACAUAUCCAAAGACCUGACUCCAGGGGGAAAAAGUGCUUGUUGUUCUGAUGGAAGCCGUCGUCUCCUCUCUCCCUCCCUCUUUCUUCUGUGCAUGUGUAUGUGUAGCUGAGCCUAAGUAACCCUGUAAAACUUCUGCUGCAGAUGGUCUCUUCUGAAUCUAGAAAGUGUUUUAAGGGGCACUUAAGAAAAGAUACUCCUUAAAGAAGAGCUGUUUCCACCUGAAAUAAACUGUUCCCAUUUUUAUAAUUA